CGUCAUCGAGAAACCCUCUGUAUUUCUCGAAAACUUUCUAGGUUUCCUUGUAACAAUACUGGAAGUGUUUAUAAUUAGUAUCAUUUAAAACUCGUUUAGUAUCUACUCUAUAAACCGCCUAAAGUGUAUUGUAUUUAUUUAGUAAAAACAGACAGACGUCUAUCAUAACAAUUGUGCGUGGAGAUAAAAAAAAUUAAUAAGAGAUUUAGUAAUCCAAAAUCGUCUGAUUCCUCUCUAGUCUCUACACAGUCUGAAUUAUAAUAUUUAUACAUAUUCCAUCAGUGAUGCGGUACAAAUGUUUUUUAACAUCGCAUGUGAGAUAAGAUUACGGUUCUUGUUCUUCUAUACAUUCGUAUUAAACAUCAAUUUAUUGGAUAUACUUUGAAUGGUGAAACGAAUAACAAAAUUAUAUUAUCGUUUAAAUUACGGUAUAAAAAUCUUGUUUUUCAUAAUGUGACCUUGUUCGAACAUGGAAUACGGAUAAAGUUCAUUUACCAUGCAUUCGUUUACAUUGAUUCAUUCGCUAUUCAAAUUUUGAGCGAUCGAUUUUUCGGUAUGGACAAAUUACUAAAAGGUAUAAUGAAGUACAGAUCUACUGUGAGAGAUACGAUGGUGAAACAGUUCCUAAAAGUGAAAGAUAAUCCGACGCCCAAGGCAGUAUUCUUUACGUGCAUAGACAGCCGAAUGUUACCAACCCGAUUUACUCAAACAAAUGUAGGCGAUAUGUUUAUAAUUAGGAAUGCUGGAAAUUUGGUACCGCACUCGCACUGUUUUCCCGACGAACAGAAUUCGAACGAACCCGCAGCUCUGGAAUUAGGUUGCGUAGUGAACGAUAUCAGGCAUAUAAUCGUAUGCGGGCACAGUGACUGCAAAGCUAUAAACUUACUCUACAAACUCAGGGAUCCAGAAUUUGCCUCAAAGGAGAACAGAAGACUUUCACCACUGCGUUCGUGGAUGUGUACGCAUGCCCAAAGUAGUAUAGAUAAAUUUGAAGAAUCUAUUCCAAACGAUUUCAAUAAACCGUUAUUGUUUCAAGGAGAAACGCCUCUCAGGAAAUUUGUAGCCUACAUAGACCCGGAUAAAAAAUUUAGUAUAGAAGAUCGCCUGUCACAAAUAAACACGCUACAACAAUUACAAAACAUUGCCAGUUACGGAUUUUUAAGAAAGAAAUUAGAAAAACAUCAACUUCAUAUCCACGCGCUGUGGUUCGAUAUUUAUACGGGUGAAAUAUAUUAUUUUAGUAGAAGACAUAAACGAUUUAUCGUUAUCGACGAAGAAAACUUUGCCAAACUUUUUGAAGAAGUUAUAGUAUACUAUUCAUAGUGAUUUGUUUAAUAUUAUACUUCUUACAUGCAUGCCAUAUAUCGUGUAAUCAAAUGAAAACAACGUCAUAUUAGGAGUAUCAUUUCAAUUUGAGCUUUACUAUGUUUACUGCUAAAAUGGCUCGAUUCCGUGAUAUCUCGUAAAUGAUUGUAAUUUAUUAUCCAGUUUUGAAAAAAAAGGAACAAUGCUGAAAAGUCUAAGAGCUAGCAACGUUUUCGAGAAAGUAUU